GCUGCAAGAGACUACCAGGCUCUGAAGUCGUUCACCAAGGGGGGGAUGAACAUCACGGCCCUCUCCAUCCAGCAGCUGAACAGCGAGGAGAAGAGCAGAUUCGUGCAGAAGCUAAACAACGCCACCCACCCACUCAUAAACAACACUUACGCAGAGGUACACAGCCCAUACUCGCAUGUCAACACCCCUUCUCUAGAAUGUAGUGGCAAGUUAAGUGAAGUGAGUUGUCUGUUUGUUCAUGCAGCUCCGAUGUUGCUGGCGUAUGACGCAGUGGCUGUUCUUCGUCAGGCAUGGGCAGAUGUGGUCGUUCAGAUCCAGGACACUUCAGGGGGUAAUGGUGGGGGGUCGAGUGGGGGCAGCUCCAGUCUGUCGCAGGAGUGCUACGGGAGGAACGGGAACCAGGGACCCCUGUGUCUGUUGUCGAACGAGAACUUGAAGCAGUUCUGCAUGCAGCCCAGAGACAGGAAGCCCAGAGUGCAGAAGCUGAUGGAUCUGUUUAUGCGUGCACUGAGACAAGUGCACAUCAGUGGCGUCACCGGCAACAUCCAGUUCGACUCCAGCGGCUUCCGGCGCAACCUGUCUCUGGAGCUGCAUGAGAUCUCCUUCAUCUCGGAGGACAAACAGAUUGGGAAGUGGAGUGACGAAGCGGAGGACUUCAUCCUGGAUGAGCCUAGUAUGGGCAUGAGUAGUGGACAGGACGUCCUCACCAGACACCUCAUAGUCACAUCCAUCAUAGAGCCGCCGUUCCUCAUGUUGAAGGAGCAGGACCCCUCGGAGGGGGUGUUGAGUGGCAAUGGGCGCUUCGAGGGCUACUGCGUGGAGUUGGCCCAGAUGCUGGCCAAUGACCUGGACUUCAGCUACGAGAUCAGACUCGUAGGCGACAACCAAUACGGAAGUCUCGUCCAGGGCACCAAUGGCACCUGGAACGGAAUGAUCGGCGAGACUGCACACCUGGCAAUUGCACCCCUGACCAUCAAUGCAGACAGACAGCGGGUGGUGGCAUUCACGAAGCCCUUCAUGAACAUAGGCAUCUCCAUCAUGAUCAAGCGGCCCCAGUCCAAACUGCCAGGCCCACUCUCCUUCCUCGACCCAUUCUCAAACGAAAUCUGGUAUGGGAUCAUCAUCGCCUACUGUGGAGUGUCUCUGGGUCUGUUCUUCGUGGCCAGAUUCAGUCCCAUCGAGUGGCAGGACAAAGUGGCCUACAGGGAAGUGACCAGCACCACCACUCUGCCCCCCUCCUCCUCCGCCUCCCUCUCCCUCUCCUCCCCCUCCUCCCCCGCGUGCACUGUGACCAGUCAGCAGCAGCAGGCAGUCUACCUCAAACACAACGACUUCACCCUCAACAACUGCAUGUGGUUCUCCCUGGGGGCACUCAUGCAGCAGGGCACAGACAUCGCCCCCAAGGCGCCUGCGUCUCGCAUAGUGGGAGGAGUGUGGUGGUUCUUCACUCUGAUCAUCAUCAGCAGCUACACUGCCAACCUGGCCGCCUUCCUCACGGUGGAGCGGAUGGUCACUCCCAUCAACAAUGCGGACGAGUUGCCGGCCCAGAAGGAGAUCAGCUACGGCACCCGCUCCUCCGGAUCCACCAAACAGUUCUUCAACAACUCCCAGAUAGAGGUGUUCAAGAAGAUGUGGGACUACAUGAGCUCAGCCACGCCCUCCGUGUUCGAGCCAUCGAAUGAGGCUGGGAUUGAGCGAGUGAGGAGUAGCAAUGGGAAGUAUGCCUUCCUGAUUGAGAGUGCGAUGAAUGAGUACGUGCAGCAGCAGAAGCCAUGUGACACCAUGAAGGUCGGACCCAACCUAGACUCCAAGGGCUACGGCAUAGCAGCCGCACACAACUCCCCCUGGGUAAAGAACAUCACCCUGAAGAUUCUGAAGUACCAGGAGGAUGGGGCCCUGGAGAGGCUGAAGACUACGUGGUGGGUGGACAAGGGCGAGUGUGGGGGCUCCUUCUCCUCCACCUCCACAGACUCCACCAACUCCCUGGGACUGAGCAGUGUGGCCGGAAUAUUCUACAUCCUCAUAUCCGGACUGGCCCUGGCCAUGCUCAGUGCUGUGGCAGAGUACACUGUCAAGUCAUGCAACCACAAACACCUCAACAGAAACAGAAACAACAGCCACACACUCUCCCCCUCGGACCAGCAGGGGCCACACAAGAACAGCGCCCAUCAUGUACAUAAUCGAGUGUCGUAUGAGCCAGUUGCAUGUGUGAAUGAAGAGAGAGAUGGGAAAGAGUAUGGGAUGAUGAGUCCCCUGGCAACACUGGUGGGGGCACAUAACACACCAGGAUCGCAUUCCUCCGCCACGCCCUACGCAUUCAUCACUCCCUCCCCCCACCACCAUCACCACAGUCUCAUCGGCGGCACCACUGUAGUCCCCACCCAGAACCCCACCCUAAUGGGCCACAUCGGAUUCUCCCUCAACCCCCAUGCACUCUCAGACGGGAACGGGACGGGGGCAACAGCAGCCAUAGCCCCACACACCCUCACAGACUACAACACAAACUACGCCACCAUGUACAGCGCCCCCUUCGGAUCACAGGCCUACUUCCUCCAGCAGCAGCAGCAGCAGCAGCAGCAGCAGCAGCAGCAGCAGAACCCCCCGCCCUCCCUCAACCAGACAGGCGCAGCAGGAGGGGGAGGCACGAUGCAACAACCCCAACCCCCCAGCUACAAUAUGCAACAGCAAGUCCCCGCCUUUUCCCUCGAGAGUGGUCAGAACUCCGGCAACCCCACCCUCCUAACCCUAUCCCACUCCUCUGGACACCACCUCAAGUCCAGAAAAUCAAACCACACUGAUGUCUGAACCACACUAGUAUCCUGUUCUAUCUUAUCAAGACUACUGAAACAAAACACCAACAGCACAUCGAUAAACAACAGCAUCAAACAGCAAAGAUUAAGCCAAGUUUGCGUUGAAUAUACCAGACAAGGAGAUCAUUUCAUUCAAAGGAGUUGCAUGUGCUGCAUUUCAAUAUGUGUAUUCUGCAUAGAUUCUAGAUUAUUACACGUCUUAUUAAAGGGAACAGGGCCAAUUUUUGCAAUGACGGAGGGUUUUCGGCUAAAAUACAUUGGGCUCUCAAAAAAAGAAGAAGCCGUUUGUUUUGCCGUCAAAGCAGUUUCAAUUUUUUUAUUUGAUCAGCUUCAAUAUAUUGUGUAAAUUAGAACCUGAAGGAAAACUGAGGUUAAUUAUGAUAUGCAAUUUAAGUUGUUAAGAA